UAUGAAUAUGUAAAAGUUCCUAUCAUAAAUUAAAUAGUUUGAGACGACCAUGUACCUUAAAAAUAUAAAUCCAUAGACAUCCAAUACCCAUCCAUGAAUGAGUAAUUAAAAUAAUUUUGAGCAGAUGGAUAAGUUUUAGUUAGAGUAAUGUAGCUUGUAGCAGGAGUUAUACAAGUGAUAAAAUUUGCAGUAGUUUAGGUUUAUGGCAAUAGAAACGAUCCGGCAUAUGAAUAUGCAAUUGAUCCAGUGUUUACUGUAAAUUUCUAAUCAUAGUUUAAGAAACUAUUUUAGGUUUGCCAUUAUGAAUUUGAUUACUCAAAUAAUCCCACUAGGAUUAAAAUUAUAGAAAAAGGCAUUAAUUAAAUAUUUGAUUUAAUUAAAAAUAUUCAUUAAUGCGUAAAUGACUUAUAUAAUAUUGUUUUCUUUUAUUCUUCAUGGUAAAUUAUCGAAUUAUUUGGCUUUUCAUUUAUUUGAAAUAUGA